UUCCCUGUCCCCUCCGGCAGCGGUUGGAGCUUGGCAGGGAUGCGCAGGAAGGACUGUGCCCUGUCCAAGCCUGACCUGCUACUCUGGCUGGAAAGAGAAGAGCUGAGCACGCUGACGGAGCCGGAGCCAGAGGCAGCGGAUGUGUCCCCAGAGCCAGCUGGAGAGCUGGCCCGCCCAAGCUGCUCCAGAGGGGAUGGGGUGCUGGAGGCAAAGACAACAGAGCCUGGUGACGGGAGCUGCAGGGAGCCAGAGGAGAGCGGGAACCUGGCGGAGGAAAGUGGAAAACUGGCAGAGGAAGGUGGGAACCCAUCAGAGCAAAGUGGGAAGUCAGCAGAGAAAGGUGGGAAGUGGGCAGAGGAAAGUGGGAGCCCUGCAGUCCCGGAGAACUGCAGCACACCCCCCGUCCCUCUGGAAGCUGCUGUCCCAGGGGAUCUCAGCCAGCUGACCCCGGCCCCUUCCUGCCCACUCUCUGCAGCAGUGGAUCAGAACCAGUCUCCAUCAUCUCCCCUCGCAGCAGCAGACACUGAGGUGGGGAUCCCAAUGGAGGUGCCACAGGAGGAGGUCACUGUGGAGAAACCAAUAGUGCCUGAAACAUCCUCAGAGGGUCCGGAAGAGGAGAAGGGUCUGGAACAGGAGGGUGUGGAUUCAGGGAAUGCUGGCCAAGGUCCAGUGGCCGACGUUCCUGAAGGACCAGGAAAGGUCGAUCCUGGCCCAGAAAAGCCAGAGAAGGGCUCCUGCCUGGGCCGGCCGGCAGCCUGCCAGCGAAAUGCCACCCGGGAAUUCUACUCCUGCCCCAUCUGCAGCAAAAACUUCCUGCUGAAGAUCAACUUCCUUAUCCACCAGCACAGCCACAGCAACUUGGCGCCCUACGUCUGCGUGCACUGCGACCGCCACUUCAUGUCCAAGAAGAAAAUCAGGCGGCACCUGCGGGCCUGGGCGGCCAGCGGGACGUGCCAGCCCUCGGAGCCGGAGCCGUGUCCCAACCGGACACCGUGUCCAACCUCCCAGCCCCAAACACAGGUGGCCAACGGGCCGUGCCAGCCCCCGGAUGCUCAGGUGUGUCCUAGGCAGGUGCUAUGCCCGACAUCCCAGCCCCAGGCCUCGGUGCCCAAGGGGACCUGCCAGCCCUCGGAGCCCAGGGUGUGUCACAGUCAGACACUGUGCCCAACAUCCCAGCCCCAGACCUGGGCAGCCAACGGGACGUGCCAGCCCCUGGAUGCACAGGUGUGUCCCAGCCAGGUGCCGUGCCCGACAUCCCAGCCUCAAAUCUUUGUGGCCAAUGGGACCUGCCAGGGCUCAGAGCCAGAGAAGUGUCCCAGCUGGACACCGUGCCCAACGUCCCAGCCCCAAACCUGGGCAGUCAACAGGACCUGCCAGGCCUCAAAGCCGGAGGCGUGUCCCAACCAGGUGCCAUGCCCAACAUCCCAGCCCCAAACCUGGGCAGUCAACAGGCUGUGCCAGCCCUCGGAGCCGGAGGCGUUUCCCAAUCAGACACCGUGCCCACCAUCCCAGCCCCAAGCCUGGGUGGCCAAUGGGACCUGCCAGGCCUCAAAGCCGGAGGCACGUCCCAGCCACGCACCGUGGCUGACGUCCCAGCCCCAAACCUGGGCAGCCAGUGGGAUCUGCCAACCCCUGACUCAGCCAGAGGCGUGUCCCAGUCGAGCGCCGUGCCCGGCCUCUCAGCCCCAAGCCCUGAGCAGGGACUGUGGCGUGGUGUGGGAGAAGCCCAGCCCUGCCAGGUGCCCUCUGUCCCCUGGGAAAAUGCUGUACACGUGCAGCGAGUGCCUGGAGAACUUCUCCAGCCAGAGCUUCCUGACGGUGCACCAGCGCCGGCACUCCGGCCGCCACCUCAUGCUGUGCCCCUGCUGCAACCAGAGCUUCACCUGCGUCUCCGACUUCGUCCGGCAGCACUGGGCACACACGGGCGUCCGGCCCCACCAGUGCGGCAUCUGCCAGAAGACUUUCAAGAGGUUCUCCCACCUCAAGGUGCACCGCAGGAUCCACAUGCGGCAGAACCGGCCGCUCCCCUGCGCCGCCCCGCUGCCCGUCCCGGCGGGAACCGCGCCAGGAGACCGGGUGGGAAGCCAGGGUGUGACCCCCCAGGGGUGCUGUGCUGCUCACCGCCCCGCGUGGGCUCCCGAGGCCUGGCCGGGCGCCGGUGUUGGCGGCGGGGCGGCCCCGGCCAUGGCGGCUCCGUGGGCGGCGGCGGAGCGGCGGCUGGAGCGGCUGGAGCGGCGCGUGGCGGGGCUGGAGCGGGCGGUGCGGGCCGGCGGGGCCCGCCUGGCAGCGCUGCUGGGCGACAACGCCCGCCGCCUCCGCCGCCUGCAGAGACAGCUCCGCCGCUGCCGCUGCGGGGCCGGCCGGGCCCCCCGCCCCCGGAACGGCAGCGGGAACGGCCCGGAGCGCACACGGGAGACCGGCACGGGAAUGGGGCCCGGCGAACCGGGAACGGCCCGCGCGGUGCCAGUGGCGGGCGAGGGCGAGGCGGCCGUUCUGCCGGAGCAGGAAUGGGUGAACACGGACAGCCGGGAGCUCCACGGACUCGCUGUGAAGGGGAAUUACGAGGCCACUGUCCCUCUCGUGGAGGAUCAGUCAGAUCACGUCAGAGGCAUCAUCAUCCCUGGGCUGAUCCAGCUCCCGAGCCCUCCCCACACGGAAUGUGGGGGGAUUCCAGGGCCUGGAAAUGGCAAAUCCACGCUGCUGCCACCGGAUGAGGACAGGGAGGAUCCCGGGAUCCCUGAGCUGCCAGAGAAGGGAGUGGUGGUGGGACAGCUUGGUGAUGGUGAGGUGAUCGUGAUCAAGAAGGAAGAGCAGCAGCUGCCGGAGGACGGGGCCGAGCUCCUGGCUCUGCCCACGGUCCCCGCGGAGAGGCUGGACGAGGAGGUUCCCCUGAGCCAGGAGCAGCCGGUUCCCUGGGAGAGCCACGGCGUGGCUGGGCCCAAGGCGGCCGGGGCGGGACUGGGGGAGUUCUCCCUGGGGGAAUUCAAGCCAGUGGUGGUGCCAGUGGAGGCUCAUCCCGCCCCGGGGCUGCCCUUCCCCAUGGAGCACGCGCUGGGCGCAGGGACGGAGCAGCCGUUCGCCCUUCCGCAGGGAAUGCCGCUGGCAGAAGACCCCGGCGCCGAGGGGGCCUCGCCGCAGCCCGGCUGGGAGCAGCACGAUCCCUGCGCCGCCGGGGACGAUCCCAGGGCGCUCCCGCCGGGCUGGAAGAGCGCCCGGCUGACGCGCAACCUCCUGGCGCGGCAGCAGAGGAAGAGCAACGGCUCCUUCAUCUGCUCGUCCUGCGGGAAGAGCCUGGCGCACCACGCGGCGCUGCUGCGGCACCAGCGCCUGCACACGGGCGAGAGGCCCUUCCAGUGCCCGGACUGCGGCAAGAGCUUCAACGAGAAGUCCAACCUCAACAAGCACUACCGGAUCCACACCGGGGAGCGGCCCUACCGCUGCCCCUCCUGCGGGCAGGGCUUCGUGCAGAAGCACCACCUGCAGAAGCACCAGCGCAUCCACGGGCCGCCGCGGGGCACCUGGCCGGGCCGGCCGGCGCGGGCCAGCGCCGCCGGGGAGCGGCUCUACCGCUGCAUCGAGUGCGCCGAGAGCUUCCCCCAGAAAGCGUCGCUGGAGGAGCACCAGCGCCGGCACACCCAGCAACGGCCCUUCCAGUGCCACGGCUGCACCAAGAGCUUCCGGCACCGGCAGUCGCUGAACCACCACCAGAAGGUGCACGCCGUGGCCGGCUCCCCGGCCGGCAGCUUGCCGGGACACAGGCGGGACCUGGAGCCCUGCGAGGCUCUGGGCCAGGACAGUCGGUAGCUGAGGGCUGGAGGAGGGAAGGCAGCUGGUGUCACAUCACCAUAGGACUUGUGGCACCACCGGGGGCUCCAGGAGGAGGAGGAGGAGGAGGAGGAGGAAGGAUGUGCUGCGUGGGCAGGGAAAGGCCCCCAGGGACUGGUCAGGAGGCAGCAGAGGAGGGUCAGUGGCUGGAGCUGAGCCGGGCGGUGCCACUGCCCCGUGGAUUCAGUGGCUGUGGGAUCCCGGGGAAUGGUGGAAUUCAGGGUUGUUUGAACACUGCCAGUCUGGAGGGAGGUGGCCUGGGAGUGGUCACUGGCCUGGGGGUGGUUGAUGGUCUGGGAGUGGUCAGUGUCCCUGGGAUGGUUGGUGGCCCAGGAUUAGUCUGGAUACACUGAGGGGCCUGGGCCACAGUUGGGAUCAGUGGAUGAACCAGGAAGAGACUUGGAUAAAAGA